AUGGCACAGACCAACAGCGUGGGGCAGGGGAGCAAUGGAGUAGCCGAUGAAUCGCCGAACAUGAUUGUAUACAGAAAGAUGGAGGACGUAAUAGCGCGCAUGCAGGAUGAGAAGAAUGGAAUUCCUAUCCGCACUGUGAAAAGUUUUUUAUCCAAGAUUCCAAGUGUUUUUUCAGGUUCUGACAUUGUACAGUGGAUGAUCAAAAACCUAAACAUUGAUGAUCAAGUGGAGGCCCUUCACCUAGGGACCCUGAUGGCUGCCCAUGGCUACUUCUUCCCUAUCUCAGACCACGUACUCACACUCAAAGACGACGGCACUUUCUACAGGUUUCAGACUCCCUACUUCUGGCCAUCAAACUGCUGGGAGCCAGAAAAUACAGACUAUGCUGUUUACCUGUGCAAAAGAACAAUGCAAAACAAAGCUCGUCUGGAGCUAGCAGAUUAUGAGGCGGAGAGCUUAGCGAGGCUACAGAGAGCAUUUGCCAGAAAAUGGGAGUUCAUAUUUAUGCAAGCAGAAGCCCAAGCAAAAGUUGACAAGAAAAGGGAUAAGAUUGAGAGGAAAAUUCUCGAUAGUCAAGAAAGAGCAUUUUGGGAUGUGCACAGACCUGUGCCCGGAUGUGUAAACACAACAGAAGUUGACAUAAAGAAGUCCUCCAGAAUGAAAAACCCCCACAAGACAAGAAAGUCUGUAUAUGGGCCUCAGAAUGAUGUGCGCACCCACAGCCCCACCCACACCCCUGCCCCAGAGGCCAAGCCGGCCACAGAGGAGGAGCUACAGGACCAGAUCACUUAUUGGGGAGGGCAAUUAGACAGACAUCGACUGAAAAUGUCCAAAGUGGCCGAGAGUUUGUUGGCCUAUACAGAGCAAUAUGUGGAAUAUGACCCCUUCAUCACACCAACCGACCCCUCCAACCCCUGGAUCUCAGACGACACCACUGUGUGGGAGCUGGAGGCCAGUAAGGAGCCAGGUCAGCAGAGGGUGAAGAGGUGGGCGUUCGGAAUCAAUGAGGUUCUCAAGGAUCAGGUGGGGAGGGAGCAGUUCCUCAAGUUCCUGGAGUCUGAGUUUAGCUCAGAGAACCUGAGGUUCUGGCUGGCGGUUCAGGAGGUGAAGAAGAGGCCGAUUCGGGAGGUCCCGACCCGGGUUCAGGAGAUCUGGCAGGAGUUCCUGGCCUCUGGAGCUCCCAGUGCCAUCAACGUUGAUUCUAAGAGCUACGACAAGACCACCCAGAAUGUCAAGGACCCUGGACGCUAUGCCUUUGAAGACGCACAGGAUCACAUCUUCAAGCUGAUGAAGAGUGACUCCUAUAGCCGCUUCAUCCGUUCCAGUGCCUAUCAGGAGCUGUUACAGGCCAAGAAGAAGAAAAGUAAGAACUUGUUUUGA